AUGACUUCCUCAUCCGUCUCAACCUCAGCCACUGCUAUACCUAGUCCAAUUUCUUUCGCACCUUCGCAAUACUGGGAUGGAAAUGAUGGAAGCUGGAGCUCGUUCAUGGUCCGCAUAGGGACCCCUCCUCAAGACUUUCGAGUCUUUCCUUCUACUGUCGGACAAGAGACGCUCAUACCUGUGCCUGAAGGCUGCACUCAAGAUGAUCCUGCCAACUGUGGUAGUCUACGAGGCGUCAUGCCUUUCCAAGGCGAUGCUGGUACUGGCUUUUUGAGCAAUGCUUCAACGACUUGGACCAACAUUGGCGUCUACACGACAGAUCUGGAAACAAACCUUGGCAUCAAUGCGAAUGGUGCAUACGGAUUUGAUACUGUCGGUCUGCAAGUCGAAAAUUCAGGAGGUAUCCAGCAGACACAUCAAGUGGUCGCAGGCAUUGCCGACAAGAGUUUCAUGUACGGUGUCUUUGGUUUAGGACCGAAACCAUCAAACUUCUCUGUCUUGUCGGAUCCGCAGCCAUCAUUCAUGACAUCCCUACGACAAAACAACACAAUACCAUCCAAGUCAUAUGGAUAUACUGCUGGCGCUUCUUACCGGUACAGCAAAGUUCUCGGCAGUCUUACCUUAGGUGGCUACGAUGCAUCACGAAUGAAUGGCAAUGGCACCAUCUUCCCCUUCGCCUCGGACGACUCGAAGCCACUUCAAGCAGGCGUCACUCAAAUUACCGCCAGGAAUACACUACUCGGCACAGCAACAUUAUAUUCCACCGGCUACUUCUCCGUAAUCGACAGCACAGUGCCACAUAUAUGGAUGCCACAAGCAGCAUGCGACAAUUUCGCUUCCAACUUCGGCCUGAUCUAUGACAACCAAACAGACCUAUAUAUAAUAAACGACACAACGCACACGAAACUUCAGCAACUGAACCCAACUAUCAUCUUCCAACUGUCCCCACAAACUACAGAUGGAGGUCCAAGUACCAAUAUAGUCCUGCCAUACGCCGCCUUCGAUUUACAAGCAAGCUAUCCUUAUUACACCAACAGCACGAAUUACUUCCCUAUCCGAAGAGCAACGAACAACACACAGUAUGUCCUCGGACGCACAUUUCUACAAGAAGCGUACUUGAUAGCAGACUACGAACGCAAUAACUUCACCAUCACACAAGCGGCGUUUGCAAAUCCCAUGCCUGCUCAAAAUAUCGUCUCUAUCCUACCAUCCGGCGUCAACGCAACAAACUCAACAGGAGGCGACGAUGGCGUAGUCACAAGGCCAUCAGCCAUCCUAUCACGCAACGUGAUCAUUGGCAUUGCCGUAGGUGUCGUUGCCGGCGCUGCACUCGUCCUCUUCAUCUUCGGCACAAUCUUUUACGUCCGUCGUCGACGUCGCCAACGCGAGGCUCAAGCCCUGCUCGCCAAUAACCCAGAAUCGGGCGACUCGACACCAACUCCUCCACCUGCAGAAGUGGAUGCAGCUGUCAAGCUAGAACUGCCUAGUGACUCCGAAGCUGCCUUGAACGAGAUGCCCACCGGCGCUGAAAAGUAUGGAUGGCAGCCGCAUGAGGUGCAAGGAAGUAAGGUAGAACCUAGAGUUGAGAUGAGAGGAGGUUGGGAACCCCCAGAAUUGGAUGGGAGAAGUCUGAAGGACGGAACGAGGGGUGGUGUGUAUGAACUGCAAGGCAGUGAACCUCUGCAGCAACCAUUGAGAGAGGGCACAAGACGGGAUGAGCGUGCUAGAUUUUCUUGGGAUCAGUGA